AAUUACGGGGGCCACGCUUGACGGAAUGAAAGUUCCACUCACGACGACUCUGUGCCUCCUCCCGGUGGUGCUAUCAGUGGUUCUGGGGGAGUAUACGGACCCUCAUUGUCAGGGUAAACAGGUGAUCGUCCAUCUGUUUGAGUGGAAGUGGUCAGACAUCGCUAACGAGUGUGAGAGAUUCCUAGGAAAGAAAGGAUUCUGUGGUGUUCAGGUUUCACCUCCAAAUGAACACGUUGUGGUCACACACCCCAUGCGACCUUGGUGGGAGAGAUAUCAACCGGUCAGUUAUAAACUUCACAGCCGGGGAGGGACAGAAGCCGAAUUCAAAGACAUGGUCACGAGGUGUAAAAAUGUCGGAGUCAGGGUGUAUGUGGAUUCUGUGAUAAAUCAUAUGGCGGGUCUGGGGAGGACGGGAACUGGAUCAGGAGGCACCUCUUUCAACUCUGACAAUUACGAUUUCCCGGGGGUACCGUUCAGAAGGGAACAUUUCAAUUCCAGGGACAAGUGUCCCUCACACGACGGUAAUGUUAACAAUUACGGGGACCCUAACAACGUCAGGAACUGCUUCCUUGUGGGACUCACGGACUUGGAUCAAAGUCAAGAAUAUGUAAGGAACAAAAUAGCGGAGUUUUACAACCACUGUAUCGACCUAGGGGUGGCUGGAUUUAGGAUAGAUGCUGCAAAGCACAUGUGGCCUGGGGAUAUCAAAGCCAUUCAAGACAGAACUAAGGACCUUCCAGAGGGAGGCAGACCGUUUUUCUAUCACGAAGUCAUUGAUCAAAAUGAUGGAGCAAUAAAAGUCGGAGAAUACACAGCACUGGGAUACGUAACGGAAUUCAGAUAUUGUCAGAAGAUCGCAGAGGGGAUACGUAAUUUCGGAAUGCUUCACGGAGUCUAUGAUCCCGGAUGGGGAAUGACUGACAGUGCUCACGCCUUUGUGUUUGUCGAUAACCAUGACAACCAAAGAGGACACGGAGGGGGCGGGAAUCUCAUUACUCAUAAAUCACCACGUGACUAUAAAAUGGCGGUUGCUUUCACCCUAGCAUACAACUAUGGAUUUACCCGCGUCAUGAGCAGUUAUUAUUUCCAUGGCUCGGACGAGGGUCCUCCCCAUAAUGCUGACUACUCAGCAAAAGACGUUACCAUUAAUGCUGAUGGUUCCUGUGGAAAUGGAUGGGUAUGUGAACACAGGUGGAAUCCAAUAGCCAACAUGGCGGCCUUCAGAAACGCCGUGGCAGGAACCGGUGUCAGUCACUGGAGGAAUCAAAAUGAGGAAGUGUCGUUUGCUCGUGGACAGAAAGGUUUCUUUGCCAUGGCUAAAAGUGGACACAUGGACAGAACUUUACAGACGGGACUACCAGCCGGAGAAUAUUGUGAACUUGUUUCAGACUGCCAGAAGAAGAUCACAGUAGAUGGUAGUGGUAACGCCCACAUCGUGAUUGACAACAGUGCAGAACCAAUCAUAGCCUUCAUUGUUGGUGGUCCGAGUGGUCCAACAGGUACAUUAGGAGGCGGAUCUAGCGGAACAGGCGGUCACCAUGUGUCAUCAGCACCCGCUACAUCAGCGCCAUCUGUUGGUCCCGCCCCACAAGGAUGGGCGCGUACUGUUAUCAUGAUUGAGAAAGAGACGAAUCCGGGACAGGAUCUGUUUAUUCGAGGAGGGAUCGAUCAUAGUCAUAGACAAGGAUGCACGAAUGAUGCUGCGACCAGCGCGUGCGCAAUAGCGAUAAGGACUAACAAUUUGGGAAGCUCUGCACACUAUGCCCCCUACAACACGUGGAGCACUGGUGAUCGUCAUCUUGACUGGUAUGGAAUGGAGGCUGGUCAACAUAGUUACCAUGGCAAAUCUCCUUCCGGAACCCCAGCUUCCUGGACAACUAACGUGAAAGGGCAGUCGGGGUAUAGUCCACUCAAUACGUACGGCAUGCAUUAUUGGUUAAUUGACGUACAGAUGGACUGCUCUCAGACAGAAAAUGGUUGGUUUGAAUUCAAAGCCGUAGUCAACGGCCAGUGGGAGGGGAACAUACAUGGACAGAAUUGUGGGAGCCCCCCUUAUCCCUCCCAGAACCACUGGGCCAAGUGUGGGUAUAAGAACGUCUAUCAUUUCAACAGUGGACGGUGUGAAAUCACUGACCUCAGCUGAGAAAAUGACGGAGGAUAUUAUAUGUUGGU